GCCUUCUUUGCCGUGUUCGUUUCCUCUUUGGGGUUUUUAAUGCUGCAAUGAAUUUGCACAGAAGUCCUGAAUGAAUAAUGUUACAAACUCAAUAAUUUCACUUUCUUUUCCCAUUGAACCGGCUUUCCACAUUGUUGCCUGGUUUCUUAUUUGCUUCCUCUUUCGAUAGCUAUUUGCUUUAGCUUCCUUGUGACUGAAGAGUGGAGAGACAAUGAACAGAGGGGAAGCAAGAAGAUGGGGGGUGGUUAGAUGAAUAUAGGAUUUUUAUAGUGAAGCUUGUACCCGGAGGCUUGGAUUGAGUUUUAUCCAUAUAAAGUUCAGACUUUUUCUCUGAUUUUUCUUUCUUUUCUUUCUCCCGUUCUUCUUCGGAAAUGUGGAGUCGAUUGACAUGGUGGUGUACCAGCGGUGGUAUUGUCUCUUUGAAGCAAAGGGCGUCUGCGAUUGUCAAAAUCGGCCAUGGUAUUGAAGGGAACCUUCAUCCCCUUCAUUUUCCAUCGUUAGGUUUGAGGUUCUUUACAGUAGAAUGUAAUGGAACUGGAGGAAAAGCAGCAUCUUUAUCAACUUUACUCAGUGACAUCAAACGGGGCAUAUCUUCAUCGGCUUCGGUUUCCUCACCUUCUGCGAGUGACUCAUCUGGGAAUGGCGAUAACAACGACAACAAAACUGGUGUUUCGCAAAAUAUAGAUUCUAUAACCUUCGCGGAAGUUAGGAGGCUUAUGAGAUUGGUGGAUGUAGAAACCCUCAAGAAGAAGCUUGGUUUAGAGGGGAAGGAAGUUAUUCCAUACUCGGAGCUUCUUCAGACAUGUCAGAACACGGGUAUUGCUAGGAAUCAUGCUGAAGCUACCGCUUUUGCUCGGGUUCUUGAUGAAGCUGGGGUUAUACUUCUUUUUCGGGACAAGGUCUAUCUUCAUCCCGACAAGGUUGUUGAUCUGGUUAGAAGAGCAGUACCACUGGCACUGACGGCUGAGGAUGACCCAAUGAGGGAGGAGUUAAAGAAGCUGCAAGAGAAGAAAGAAGACAUUGAUGUGUUGGCACAUAAGCAGGUCCGGCGCAUCCUCUGGUCAGGACUCGGCUUUGGCAUUGGUUGCGUUGGGUUCUUCUUCCGGCUAACAUUCUGGGAAUUCUCAUGGGAUGUGAUGGAACCCGUUGCAUUUUUUACAACAACAACUGGCUUGAUCAUAGGCUAUGCCUACUUUCUCUUCACUUCAAGAGACCCUACAUACCAAGACUUUAUGAAGAGGCUCUUCAUUUCAAGGCAGAAGAAGCUUUUCAAAAAGCAAAAUUUUGAUGUUGAGAGAUUCCAAGAGCUACAGAUAAAGUGCAAAACACCUCUAGAUUGCAAUAGCACUCUAAAAAACAGAGUAGGACUGGACUUGGAUCUGGAAGAUGCCUUGAAGUAAGGAUUAACAUUAAUUUUCAGGUAGGUUUAUACAAUUCUUUUGGAAUAUACCAGAAAUAACCUUAACCUUGUUCCCCAUCUAUUUUCAUGUCGGCGGGGAGAAUUUCACCUAACUUUGCUGUUCUGCAUAUAAUUAUAUAUUUCCUCCAUUGUUCCUUAGCAAGGAUAAGAAGACGCAUUGCAUUCUCCUCUUCUUUCCUUAAAGCUUGGUAACUUCUUUUAUGCUGUCAUUUUGUCAAUGAACACUCGGAAUCCAUUGUUUAAUGAUAUUGAUUAUAGCUUCAAGGGGGUGAGCUGUUUUUUCCCCCCUCA